UAUGACCCGCUCGGCUUCCUGGCUCGGCCGCCGCCGCCGCCCGCGUCCGUCCGCCCGCGUCGCCCGGGGCCCGCAGCCGUUGGGGGGUCGGGGCCGAGGCCCGCUCGCGUGGAAGCCGCCGCCGCCCGCCCCGCGCCCGCCGCCGCCAUGCUGGCGCUCAUCUCCCGCCUGCUGGACUGGUUCCGCUCGCUCUUCUGGAAGGAGGAGAUGGAGCUGACGCUCGUGGGGCUGCAGUACUCGGGCAAGACCACCUUCGUCAAUGUCAUCGCGUCAGGGCAGUUCAGCGAGGACAUGAUCCCCACCGUGGGCUUCAACAUGCGGAAGGUGACCAAAGGCAACGUCACCAUAAAGAUCUGGGACAUAGGCGGGCAGCCGCGGUUCCGGAGCAUGUGGGAGCGGUACUGCAGAGGGGUCAAUGCCAUCGUUUACAUGAUAGAUGCUGCAGAUCGAGAAAAGAUAGAAGCCUCCCGCAACGAACUCCAUAAUCUUCUAGAUAAACCACAGCUGCAGGGGAUUCCAGUGCUGGUCCUCGGAAACAAGAGAGACCUUCCCAACGCCUUGGACGAGAAACAGCUCAUUGAGAAAAUGAACCUGUCUGCUAUUCAGGAUAGAGAAAUUUGCUGCUAUUCAAUUUCUUGCAAAGAAAAGGAUAAUAUAGAUAUCACACUUCAGUGGCUUAUUCAACAUUCAAAGUCCAGAAGAAGCUGAGAAGCGUCCCCGAAGUCUUCCGUCCUCCUGGCUCUGACCCUAGAAUUGCUGUCCGUCCCUCUGAAGUUCUUCCUGGAAUCCGGUCCUUCCUAAACCCAAGAAACUGCCUGUCAGAGUCCAUUUCCAUGUGCGCUGCGGAGCUGUGUCCCAACCUUCCUAGAGCGUCAGCCAGAGGUCACGUGCCGUCGGCACGCAGAAAGCUUCCUGCACACGCACCGUGUGCGGGGCUUUUUAAAAACAUACUUUUGACCAUCUUAAAUCAAGAAAAUGGCAUAUUUCUGUUCUGGUCUUUCUGGGCCAGAUUUUAUAUUGGUUUUCGGUAAACGUCUAUCUAUUAUAUUCUAGUCUAGUAGCUUAACCUGAUACUGACUUGAUACAGCAUGAAGUUUCUAGUGCCACACACAGUACUUAGAAAACCUGUAGCCUGACCCAUGUGGGGGGUAAACAUAACGUCUCCCCGUCCCACGAUGCAUGUGAAAUGUGUAGCCGCACCUAGGAGCUGAAAUGGCCUGCGGGGAUGAGCGAGGCACCGACCCACGCCCUCGGUUCUGGGUUCUGUUCGGUUCUGGGUUCUGUUCGCUGUGAGACCUGACGUGUGGGCUUCCACCUCUGCCCUCAGGCCUCAUCGGGGCGGGGCCUGGGGGCGGAGGCUGUAUCUGUCCCGAUCAUUACUUCCCUUUUUCCUUUUUUGCUGGUUCAACACUUUUUUAAGGGGUUGGGAACUGAAGAUUUUCUCAAAAGCUUUCAUGAAUUUAGAGCAUUCCGGCCAAUAUAAUAAAACGUGUUGAGAUCUCA